CCGAAAAGAUUGAUUGGAGAUAGUGUUACUGUUUUUAAUCUUUCUAAUCAUUUAUUGAACACUGAAUUUUAUAAAGCAAGAUGAGGCACUUCCUUCAAUGAUGCUAAGCAUGAAGUAGACAAUGAUUUCUGUCAAAAACUCAGCUAAUUAUGAAUGCAAUUUGUAUUUAUUGAAAACCAAGUGGGUGGUGACGCGUGGAGCCAGGUGAUAUUGAGCCUCUCUCUUCCUACUCUAUGACUCUUUCAUAGUUUCUAUUUUGGAUACUUUCUUUUACAUUCAAUCCUCCUUUCCACUUCGAUCAAAAUCUACCACCUACCUUUCAAUUCUAUCCUCACAUAGACCGAACACUUUCUCACCACUUUAUCUAGAUGUAUGGACUCGUAGGCUCUUCCAGCUUGUGGUUCUACCCCUAACUUCAUCUGAUCUGUUAUUCACCUUUUAUCAGAAAUGUCGGGUAGGUCUUUUUUGCGGGGUACUGAGAGCAAAGAAAAGCUGCUUCCAAGGAAAGGGUAUUCGGAAUUUGGUUUCAACAGCUCGGAUGUUUCCGAGGAUCGAGUUAAAUGCAGCUGUUUUCGAUCAUGUUGUGACUCGAUUGAUAACUUCUGGAGUGGAUUGCAAGAACUCUUUGUCAAGUUAUAUGAAAUGGGUCGAUCAGAUCCCCGUAAGGUGAUUUUUGCUACGAAAAUGGGGUUUUCGCUAAUGUCUAUAUCAUUGCUUAUGCUUUUCAAAGAGCCUCUAAAGGAAACUAGUCAAUAUUCUAUCUGGGCAAUUCUUACUGUAGUCGUGGUUUUCGAAUUCAGCGUAGGUGCAACACUUAACAAAGGGUUCAAUCGAGCUAUAGGGACUUUCUCUGCUGGAGCCCUUGCUUUAGGCAUUGCACAAGUAUCAACAUUGUCUGGGAAGUAUGAAGAAAUUAUUAUUUUGAUAAGCAUUUUCAUAGCAGGAUUCGCUGCUAGCUAUUGCAAAUUGUACCCUCCCUUGAAGACAUAUGAAUAUGGUUUUCGGGUAUUCUUGUUGACAUUUUGUAUUGUACUGGUGUCUGGGAACAACUCAAGAACCUUCUUCAGAACUGCUUUUUACCGGUUGUUGCUUAUCUUCAUUGGUGCUGGCCUGUGUUUGAUUAUAAAUAUAUGUAUAUACCCCAUAUGGUCCGGAGAGGAUUUGCAUAAAUUGGUGGUUAAAAAUUUCAAGAAUGUGGCUUCUUCCUUGGAAGGCUGUGUUAAUGGAUAUCUGCAAUGUGUUGAAUAUGAGAGGAUCCCUUCCAAAAUUCUCACUUACCAAGCAUCUGAUGAUCCUUUGUAUAGUGCUUACAGAUCAGUUGUGCAGUCUUCAAGCCAAGAGGAUACUCUGCUAGAUUUUGCCUUAUGGGAGCCUCCACACGGUCCUUAUAGAUCAUUCAACUACCCAUGGAGAAACUAUGUCAAAGUAAGCGGUGCAUUGAGACAUUGUGCAUUCAUGGUCAUGGCAAUGCAUGGAUGUAUACUUUCAGAAAUUCAGGCACCAGCAGAGAAGAGACACGUGUUUGCUCUUGAGCUGCAGAGGGCUGGUAAUGCAGGAGCUAAAGUGCUACGUGAGCUGGGACAGAAAGUUGAAAAGAUGGAAAAGUUAAUCCCCGGAGACAUACUGAGGGAAGUACACGAGGCAGGAGAGGAUUUGCAAAUGAAGAUAGACGAAAAGUCAUACCUUCUAGUCAAUUCAGAAAGCUGGGCAACUGCACCACCUCACAGGGAAUUGGAAGAAUCUGGGAGCAUGGCUGAUGUUAAAGACAAUGAGCAUAAAGUGAUAAAAUCCCUGAGCGAUAUGUGGGAAGUUCAGCACUCGAUUGAUCCUCGUGCGCCGGACUUAAUUACCUCGGAGAGCAUGCUCCAGAAACCAUCAUGGCCCCGUCUCUCGUUUACUGCAGAAGCAUUGCUGCAGCAACAGGAAUCUAAAAUAUAUGAAAGUGCUAGUGCUUUAUCUUUAGCAACAUUCGCAUCACUAUUGAUUGAGUUUGUUGCAAGGCUCCAAAAUCUCGUGGAUGCAUUUCAAGAGCUUAGUGAGAAAGCAAAUUUCAAGGUUCCUGUGGACCAAUCACCUCAAAAGGAGGCUCCAGGAUUUUGGAGAAGAUUAAGAAAUUGCUUCCAGUCAAAGAACUAAAUUCUAUAAAAGAAGACAAAAUGACAAAAAGAAAAAGAAAAAGAGAGAGUGUUUUGGAACAUAUAUUUUGGGCUUCAAACAUUUGGAAUUAAGUAGGUUCAAAUACAGUUGUUAAGGGAGACAAAAGCUUUUAGAUUGAUUUCUACACUGUUGUAACUUUCCAGAUGCAUUAAAUUUGCAUUGAUGGGAAAGAACCUUCAUAUAGAAAGGCCAAGGGUGAGCUUAGAAACUGAAAUUAUCUUGCUCAAAGCUUCUUUUCUUCAAGUUAUUUAUUAUAUAUGUUGAUGGUAAA